AUGGAUAAAGAAAGCGCACUUGAUUCAUUUCUUAACCUCAUUGAACUUACCCCUUCGACUCACUUGAAUCAUACUUUCAGAUGCAUUUUUGAACGUGAUCUUAUCGUGAUAGCAAAAUUUGUGGCCACUCCAACUAGA